AUUUUGACCGACAUAUUUGAGGCUAGCUUGACCUUUAUAAUUAAGUAAAUCAAGGGCAGACUCUGCUUCACGUACGGACCGUCAGUUUCGUCACACCGGUUAAAAAAAGGAAGCGUUUCACUGGCCUCGGGCACAUUUGUGGCAUUCGAUUUGUUUAAAUUCCGAAUAAGGGUUGGAAAUGCUCUGGACAUCUACAGUAGCUGCUGGGAUGAUUUUCUUCUCAGUGGGGGUAGCUUUCACAGUGCUUACGAUCUACUUACCUUGGGUACCACUAGCUACUUCUACCGGGCUUACAAUGUGGGGAGUAUGUUUGCUGUUCACUGAAUGCAUGCGGCAACGGGAUCGAAUGCCAGUCACAGGGCGGGUUGUCUUGGUAACUGGCUGUGACACGGGAUUGGGUCAUGAAAUGGCAAAGUGUCUGGAUAGUCUUGGUGUCAUUGUCUUCGCAGGGUGUUUAGACAGCGCCGGGAAAGGAGCUGAAACGCUCCGAACCACGUGUUCAUCAAACUUACACGUGGUGCAGCUAGAUGUGACCAACGAUGAACAGAUAGAUGAAGUUUUUUGCAUGAUCAAAAAUAACUGCAAAGAGUUAUGGGGAGUGGUUAAUAACGCUGGCAUUGGCUGCUGGGGAGCGGUUGAGAUCGUUUCUAUGGAGUGGAUACAAAGAACAAUGGAUAUUAACACAUAUGGAGUUGUCCGCGUUUGUAAGAAGUUCCUUCCGUUAAUCCGCAUUUCACGAGGAAGAAUAGUAAAUAUCAGCAGCGUCAGAGGUCUGUCGUCACGUGCCUUAAACUCUGGAUACUGUAUGUCCAAGUUCGCCCUCGAAACUCUCUCGGAUAGUUUGAGACGCGAGAUGAAGCGUUUUGGUGUUCAUGUGAGCGUCGUUGAGCCUGCAAAUUUUUCACUGGCGACCGAAGGAGGUGCACCGGAAAAAUUAGAUAUUCCUUUGAGGGCUGAUUGGGACACCAUUACAGGCGAGUUAAAAUCCGUGUAUCCGAGAGAGGAGUACGUUGAGCAGUAUUUGGCGAAUUCUAUAAAGAACAAAGAAAUGUGUGGCGCCAAAAAAGAUACUACCCCGAUCAACGAGGCCGUACUGGAUGGAUUAUUCUCACGGCAGCCAUGUUGCCGCUAUCUGAUAGGAGGCACAGACAAAAUCAUGGAUAUUGGGAAGGUAUACGUUUUUCUUAACUGGUUCCUCCCCUGCCGAACCAUGGACCGUAUACUGGAGGGCGAUUCUCCACAUCGAGUUAUUUCAAAAAAGUAAAACCCAGCUGCACAAUGUACUAGUAUAUCAUUAGAAGAAACUGUAUAUGGCCAACUAGUACCUCCAAUUGAAGACAAAUUCGUAAGCACAGGAUUUCCAAGUCCCUGGCUCAUAAUGACAUACUGUGUAAAAUUACUAAGCUUAGUCGGUAUGCCGUCUGCCGACCGAUGAACAUUUUCAAACUUCAAGCUCAAACUUCAAACUCUGAUGUAAUGUUCUUUCUUCUCGCGAGCGUGUAUCUGUAAGAGAUUGUAGGAACUACUUCAGAAUAAUGGUUUUACAU